UCAGACAGACUCGACGUCCAAAGCCACCAAACAAACCUCUAUAAAUUACUAAUCCUCAAAAAGAAAGAAAAAAGAAAGACGGAGAAAUAAUUGAUCGCCGGAAAAAGUAAUAAUGACGGCGAAAACUUCACCGGACUGGCUUCCAGCUGGCUGGACUCUACAGUUCAAAGUCCAAAAAACCGGCCGCAGAAUCACGCAUUACGUGAACCUGGCAACUGGUCAAAAGUUCUUUACAAAGGAUGAUCUUAUUCGCUAUACUAAAACAGGAAGCACUAAAUGUGAUGACCUGCAGCCAACUCUAAGACAAACUAAAAUGCCCCCAGCAAAUGGUAGCAUGGAUACUGCAGUAAAUGCAAAUGAACGUCCCGAAUGGUUACCCAAGAAUUGGUUCAUGGAGUUGAAAACCCGUAAGAGUGGUGUGAGAAUUGGAAAACACUACAAGAUAUAUAUUGAUCCAUCGACAGGAUCUAGAUUCUAUUCCAAGCUCCAGGUGUUCCGGUUUCUUAACCAUGUAGAGCAGAAAAGUAGCAAACCUAAACAAAAAAAAAGAGUCUCACACUCAACAAGCGAAAUUGUGGUAAAAGCACAUGAACAUCCUGAAUGGUUACCUAAGAAUUGGUUCACGGAGUUGAAAACCUAUAAGAGUGGUGCAAAAUUUGGAAAAUCCUACAAGAUAUAUGUUGAUCCAUCAACUGGAUUGAGAUUCCAUUCCAGGCCAGAGGUGUUCCGAUUUCUUGACAAAGGAGAGCAGAAAAGUACCAAAUCCAAGCCAAAGAAAAGAGCCUUGCGCUCUACAAGCAAAGUUGUAACUAAGAAAUCAACAGUAGAUGAUUUACCAGCAGGAUGGAUUAAGGAAGUCAAGAUUAAAAGGCAUGCAAAUGGAGUCAGAAGAGAUCCGUAUUACACUGAUCCAGCUAGUGGAUAUGUUUUUCGCUCCAAAAAGGAUAUUCUUCGCUAUCUAGAAACUGGAGAGAUCGGUAGAUAUGCUUUUUUACCGAAGAAGAAGCACAGUGAUGAUCAAAAUUUAAUUCAUACUGAAAAAUCACAACUGCCGGCGGCUAAAAGGCAGAAAGUGAAGCAUCCUGUCACCAGGAGGCAGCUCUUUACAGCUAGGGAGACGUCUGAUAGGAGUAUUUUAUCUCACCUAGAAGCUGAGACCUUUGAGAAAGGACAGAGUGAGAAGGAUUAUACUGAAACUAGGCUUGCUACAACUUCCGUACCUCAAAGCCAAUCAUACGUGGAAGUCGUUGCUACUGCAGAUAAAUCAAAUUGGAACUGCUCAGUAGCUCCAAAAGCUUCCAAGAGAAAUCAGGGCAAAACAGUCUCAGCUGAUAACAUGGUUGUUUCAACUGCUGCAGCAAAUGUCCUGCAAGUGAAGAACCUGCUUGAAAGGGGAACAGAGAAGAAGAGCAAUAUAAACUCUAAGGACUCUGGCAAGUCCAAGAAUAAGAAAGAGCUUGAUUUGCCUCGUAGGUUUUCAAAACGACUUGCUCAUCAUGAACCUGAUCUGGCAGCUUGUGGCCUGGAACUUGUAAAGCCUUGCCAAAAUGAAGCCAAUGGUCAAUGUGUUUUGGAGGAUGAAACAACUGAGCAGCACAAUAUUGGCUCCAGUGCAGAGGUAGCAAAGCAAGCCUCUACUGAUCCGACAGUUAAAUCACAUUGGGGGUCAGUGAAGAAGACCAUAAAGCCCAUUGAAGACAAAGUUGUUCUUGGAAAGCAACCACAAAUGUUGGAGACUGAGAAGACUAGUGAGACUAAGUCAGAAGUACAGCCUUUUGUUUGUUCUGACCCAUGCCUAGAAUUUGCGAUCAAGACUCUUACAGGUGCAAUACCACUUCAGGCUGCUUCAAAUAAAGAGCUUGUUUCAACUGCUGCUUCUAAUGUCCUGCAAGAGAAGAAUCUAGGUAAAACAAGGAUGGGAAACAAGAGCAGAAACAUAGAAACUAGGAACUCAAGUAAGUUGAAAAAGAUGAAAGAGCUUGACUUGCCUUGUCGGUCAUCAAAACGACUUGCUGGGCUUGAACCUGAGCUGGUGGCCAGUGGAGGAUCCAUCAAAGUAGCUGUUCAGAAUGCGACUACAAGAUCUGGAAAAAAUGAACCGAAAUCACCAUGUCUUUUGGUGGAUAAAGCAACUCGGCGGCCAAAUGUUGGCCCUAACGCUGAUCUCCCAUAUCAAGCUUCUGCUGCAGCAGUCAAUCAAGAGAUCAGUAGCAUAAGGCCUCAUGAAGGUAGAGCAAUUCUUGGAGCGCGACCACAAAUGUUGGGAACUCAGAAAGGCAGUGACAGCAAGUUAGAACUACAACCAUUUUUUUGUUCCGACCCAUGCCUUGAAUUUGCAAUCAAGACUCUUACAGGAGCAAUACCAUUAGAAGAUGCUAUCAAUGAAGGGCUUGUUUCGACACCCAUUGCUAAUAUACAGCAACAGGUUAAUCUAGCUGAAACUAGAAUUGAACAUAGCAGGUGUAGAAAGGCUUUGUUUAACUCAAUCAGGUCCAAGAAGGAUUGCAGUUUUCCUCAUCGGUCUUUGAAACAACUUGCUGGGCGUGCACCUGAGCUGGAGGCAAAUUCACUGUCCAAUGAACGAGUUCUCAAAAUUGCAGCUAGAAAGUCUUGUAAUAGCAAAGCCAUUCGAAAUGUGGAUUUGACUUCAGAGAAUCCAAUAGAUAAAGCAUCUCAAGAACUUGAGACUGGACCAAGACCAGCACUUCAACAUCCUGACUUUACAUACAGAACCACUGUGUUUCAAGUAGAGUCGCCAAACAAGAGCAAAGCGCCUCAUCUAAACCUAACUGCUCCUACCGAAAUGAAUAUUGAGAAGCCAGGCCUGCACUCUGCAAUUCCAUUUGGGAACUCUUGGUCUGAUUCACGUUUUGAGUUUGCAUUCAAGACUGUUACAGGUUCUAGUCCUGCUGAGGAUAGUUUUGCCUUUCAGAGUAACUUCCACCAACAGUUUGGCAGCUCUGGCUCCCAGAUAGAUGGCAACUUUGCAUUGCCUGAUUAUGGCUUGCCCAGCAUUUCUCAAAGUGAUAUUUCACCACACUUAGGUGCCACGGCACAACUUGUUAUGCAGCAACAGUGCCCUGUGAAUCCUUCAUUCCUUCCCCCUGGUAAUGUAAGCUUACCUAGUCACAGUAGAGUUGAUGCUCAACGACCUUACAGUAAGGGGAAUAAGGAAUUACCAGGCAAGGUAAAGCCCUAGACUUAAGGGUUUGCGAAGCAUGCCAGGCAUCCAAGACAAGUUCCGGUUACAAAUUCUAUUUGAACUGACACCUUUAUGGUUUUUGACUUCUUGGCAUGCACCUUUUCAUUUAAAAAAAAAGCUUUUUCUAAUGGGGUGUAAAGUAUGUUAGCUGUUAACGUAAGAAGAUAUUCGGCCUUCACCUUGAAGUAUCCUUGUGAGCUUGUAGUGUGUCCCUCCGUCAUUUUGACUAUGGAUGGAGCAAAAAGCCGCUUUUUAUGGCGGAGUUUUGGGGUUGUCAAAUAUCAUGUAAUGUAAUACUACUGUGUUCUUGGAUAAAUGACAGACUGUUCACGUUACGUCAUUUUUUUCGGAUGA